AUGUGGUAUCACAUCUCCAACGCCAACGAGUACCUCGUGGUUACCGGCGCCAACAUUGAAGAUGUUCGCAUCGUCAAAAAGGCUUUCGUUUUUCCAUGGCAACGCGUAGCCAGAAUCUCGGUCUCGCCAUUCGACUUCUCUCUCAACCUACAGGCCAUGACAAUCGAGAAACUUCAAUUCGCCCUACCUGCCGUCUUCACCAUUGGUCCAGACAACAAGCCUGACGCACUCAAGAAAUAUGCGCUUCUCCUGAGCGGCAACCCCGACGGAACAUCCACGAAUUCUUCGAAACCAGGUACAGCUAUCGUACCAACUCAGCGCAGCCAUGUCCAGGAUAUUGUCAAGGGCAUUAUCGAGGGUGAAACACGUGUCAUCGUGUCCUCCAUGACCAUGGAGGAGAUUUUCAAGGAACGUCAAGUAUUCAAGCAAAAGGUCAUUGAGAACGUACAAAAAGAACUUGACCAAUUCGGUCUAUGCAUCUACAAUGCCAACGUCAAAGAACUCCAAGAUACUCCGGGCUCCGAAUAUUUUGCCUUCCUUUCUCGCAAAGCCCACGAGGGGGCUUCGAACCAAGCGCGUAUCGAUGUCGCUGAAGCGCGCAUGCGUGGAGAAAUCGGCGAGGCCUCGAAGCGAGGCCACACCAAGCAAGAAAUCUCCAAGAUCGAAGCCGAAACAGCAGUCCUCGAGACCAAGCGCAAGGCCGACAAGGCGCAAGCCGACGCAGAACUUACGAACCGUCAGACAGAACUCGACAUGGGCAUCCAAAUGGCGCAAAUCAAAGCACGUCGCGCGGCCGAGGCUCGUGAUGCCGAGCUUCAGAAGGAGGUCGAAACCAAGAAAGCCGCCACCGAGCUUGAGCGACUCCGAGCAAAGGAUCUCGUGCGUGCGCAGAUCGCCAAGGAGACGGCGGAGCGCGAAGCCGAUGCCAACUACUACCGAGACAGCAAGAAGGCCGACGCGCAAGCGUACGCCGAGAAACAAAACGCCGACGCGCAGCUGUUCAAGCAGCAGCGACAGAUCCAAGCCACCGUGGAGCGACAGAUGAAAGAGGCCGACGCAACGUACCACGCCCGCAUGCGCGAGGCCGAAGCCACCAAGGCCCAAGCGGAAGCGUACAAGUCCCUCGCCGACGCGUUCGGCGGACCGCAAGGCCUCCUCACGUACAUGAUGAUCAAGGAGAGCACGUUCGAGAAGCUCGCCAACGCAAACGCCAAGGCCAUCCAAGGCCUUCAGCCCAAGAUCACGGUGUGGAAUACCGAUGGCGCAGGCGCCGGCAACGCCGCCGACGCAGCAGGCAUCGCGCCGAUCAAGAAUAUCAUGCAAUCUCUCCCGCCAUUGUUGAGCACGAUCCACGAACAGACGGGUAUCGCUCCGCCAAACUGGAUGAUCAAGAUGCCAUCUCAAGAAGGCGGCGGCGGCGCUGCUGCUGCUGCUGCUGGUGUUAACGGCUCUGCUACAUCGCACGAGAAGAAGAAGUUGCAGACCUGGAAUUAA